UCAUACGCGACUGCUGUGUGCGGACUCAGCCUCUACCCUUCCUGGCGACCCGGGACCGGUACCAAAAUGUGGCGAUCAACGCGGAAAGUGUACUCGCGCUAUUCCCUGUUGUUGUCGGGGAACAAGCAGAAAAGCCCCUCCACGGUUCAGAGCCGUCGCCAGUCAACGAGUUCGUCUGGAGGCUCGGGCAAGGCAGUUGCUGUGACAGCAGGCGUAGCGGUUGUUGGUGUGGGCGCAACGCUCGCCUAUGCCAAGUUUGACCCAGACUUCCGGCAAAAGGCCCAGAGCAGUGUGCCGUAUGGAGAGGCCUUCUUCAAUAGCAUCCUUGGACCUGCCGAACCAUCUGCGACAUCUUCAAAACAGCAGGGGCGCACAGCACAACUACCACCCGUGGACAAAAUCAAGGAGAAGGCUCUUGAAUCGAGUCUGCUUCGCAAGAAGCCACCAAUAGAAUCUUCGCAGCAGGACACCAAGUCUGUUCUUCCACCACCUCCUCCGAUAACCGCUCCACCAUCUUCUCCUAAAGAGAAGACGCCCAGUCCUCGAGACCUGGAACUCGAGGCCCAGAAGCAACUGCGCGAUAUUCGAGAGAAGACUGAACGACAAAAUUUUGCCUUGGAGCAGUCCCUUCGAGAAGCUCAGGCAGAGGCCGAGAAGUACACGCAGGAUGCCGUCGUGUCCCAGCUUGCGGCGAAGGAGGCGAUGCAGCUGUACGUGCAGAAGCUGUACAGGGCCCUCGACGAUGCUCGGGAUAGCGAAGACCAGUUCAUGUGGGACGAGGCGCUGAAAGCCAAGGAGAGCAAACUGGCUGCUGUGGAAAAGGCUAACAUCAAGGCAGCACAAGCCUGGAAGGCCGUGGAGAACCUGCAGUCAGUCAUCAGGAAGGGACAAGAGAACAAGGAGACGCAAGCAAACCUGUCAUUGGGUCCCGCCGAGCACGUUGCCAAUAUUGCCAGGGACCAACUUCGAAAUGCCGAAUCUGAGUCACAGUCUGCCAAGGAGGCGACAAAAAUUGCCACCGACUACAAGGACAUGAUAGAGAAAGCCCGAAAACACUUCCAGGAGGAGAUCGAAGCUCUGCUUCCAGAUGCAAAGUUUGGCGAGCAAGGUCAGAAACUUUCCGAAGAUGAGUUGAACCUCCUGGUGGCCCAUGCGCAUCGCCGGGUGGAGCUGCUGACCAAGGCACUAGCGAAAAUGCAGGUGACCGAGCAAGAGCGGGCACAGAUGUUCCAGAGGCAGCAAGAGAGGGCCAACAGGGACUUGGAGAGGCAGAGGGCGGAGAUUGACGCCACCCUAGAAGUGAAGUUGGAGAACCAGAAGGAAGCCUUCGAGCAAGAACUGCAGCAGCAAUUGCGUAGACAGGUGGCAGCCCACACGGAGCACCUCAAGGAGGCCUUGGAAGACCAGCGGCACGACCUAGACCGUGCCUUUGGGCAGGCAAUAGAACGCAAGAUCAUUGAGGAACGGAGCCGUCACAAUGCGGCACUGGCUGCUUCGGUCGCUAAGCUCCAGGGCAUGGAGGGCUACCUCAAGGCCCGUGACGAGCUGGACCGAGUGUCGCAGCAGGCCAAGGGCCUGUGGCUGGCGUGCCAGGGGCUGAAGCAGACGCUGGUGUACGGCCACACGAGCCGGGAGGGCCCCCAGCCACUGGCUCAGGACGUGCAGCCCGUGCGGGAGGCGGCCCCCAUGAGCCCGUACGUCCCGCUCGUGUUGGCCAGCAUCCCCGAGGAGGCCCUCAGCCGCGGGGUCUACCCGGAGGUGGCCCUCAAGGAGCGCUUUGCCCACGUCGAGCAGGUCUGCCGCCGCGUGGCGCUGGUCGACGAGCGAGGCGGCAGCCUCUUCCGCUAUCUGGCGUCGUACCUCCAGUCCUUGUUCAUCGUUUACCCCAAGGAGCUGCCAGAAGAGGAGCUCCUGAACGAGCAGCGCGUCAAUCCUGAAAUGUGGGACACGUUCGAUGUGCUUUCGCGCGUGCGCUACUGGCUGCUCCACGAAGAUCUCGAGCAGGCUCUCCGGUACGCCACGCAACUGCGCGGCGAGCCUCGCCAAGUAGCACGCGACUGGAUCCGCGAAGUGCGGCUGCAUCUGGAAGCGAAACAGGCGGCAACAGCACUCAUGGCUUUUGCUGCUGCCACCAUCGCUGAAGAUGUGCAGUAACGCUUGUGAUGCACAUGUGCGCCUCUCUGCUGCGAGGUUUGAGCUGCGGGGUGUGCUGGGAGGUUUGCCUACCUGCCGCCCUCCGGUCUUUAGUGGUGGUCGCUGUUCGGAAAAGGCUUGCCUCAGUUUGGCUGGCAGGCUGCUGUCAGCAGAGCAGUGAUUCCUUGAGGGCCGUGCUGGUUUGGAGUGUGCUGAACUUCGGUUUCUGUAUAUGUGCAUAGGGCUGUGGUGGCACCUGUGAAAAGGAUGUGGCCGGCGUUGUAUGACUGCUAGUUAAUUGCCUCGAGUUAAGGAAGUAAAAUGUUUAGUUACUGGGAUUCCUCGUUGCCCAACUUGUGGUAUAGUUUGUUGGUUUAUUGUGAAAUGUGUGAUCUAACGAGGUAGAAGGUUACACUUUAUCUCUGGGAGGACGCUUUUAACUGCCAUAAAUGAGCUUGCGUCUCGGGGACGUUACAUUGCCAGACAGACGUGACAGCCAAACUGCAGCAAGCAUCUUUCAUGUCAGGACCAAACUUUCUGGAAGUUAGGCGCAUUGCUCAGAAAGCAUCCUCAUAUGCCACAUCGGCUGCUGAGUAGGUUGAACCAUUUUCUCUUUAGAAGGGAGCACACAAUUUACUAAUUGGUCUCUAGACCCACCAUCAGUUUGGCAGGCCAAAUUAUUGGAACAUGGAAUAUUUUGGAACUUUCUCUGGCUUCUAAGCAAAAAGCUAGUGCACUUUUUUUUUUAUUUUUUUUAGUGGGUUGCUGUGGUUCUAUUGCCUUUAUUUUUGUUAAACGUGAUAUCUUACUGCAUUACAAUAUUUAAUUUGAAUUUUGAAUUCUUCCUUCUGUUGACUACGUUCCUGGCGACUCCGAGCGGUUCAACUCGCCACGUGAGUGAUUUGUAGCAGUACCAUCUAGAAGACAAGGCGUGCACAUUUCCUCCUACGUCAACACUAGUGACAACUCUCGUUAUCGCGAGCGCGUCCCCGAUGCGUCGGUGGCGUUUUUCAACGAGCUUGGUGCUGGCGCGCAGUGAAGCUUCGUUGCAUCGAGCUUCAACGCGUCGGCUUCCUGGGGCGGAUCGGGAAUCCACCAGCGUUUUGGAUCCACUAACGAAGUAGUGGGCAUUGCAAACCUCGUCUUCUAGAUGGUAUGUAGAGCCUCGAAGGUCUUGUUUAUAUAGACAAUUCGUCUGUCUCAUUAUUAAAAUGAAAACAGCUUUGCAACUAUUCAAUUCUAGACUUGCUCGUGAAAUUCAGCCUUCAAGAAAUGAUAAAAGUAGUGCACUACUUGAUCAGGAUUCACCACCUGUAUUUUCAUGUGCAACCCACGAGCCCUCCGAAAUAUAGUUUGUUCAAAUUA